GAGGAGAGCGGUGUGUCCUCCUCACAGCGCCUUCUGAUCUGCCUGCGUCCUCAUUUUCUCCCGUCUCUCUGCCUGCGAAGGGGAAGCCAUUCGCGCAGGCAGCAGAACAUCACCGGCUCCAAAAUUCCAAGUGUUCUGCAGCCCCGAAUGGCGUCACCCGAUUGGCCAGGUCGCCUAUCAAUCACGUCGCAAGCCGCACCCCUCCCCCCAUUCAACCACUCGCCUCACUGUUCCAGUGUGUUUACUACACUGCCGAGCAUAAGGGAGACACUCGUCUUCACAUGCACUGAAGCCACUCAGAAAAACACUUUUGGUUGAAUUCGUGAGAAAAGCCUACGAGAAGUCAACAUGCCCAAGAGAAAGGGAGCAGAGGCCGGAGAAAAGGAGGAGCCCCAGAGGAGAUCAGCCAGGUUAUUAGCGAAACCGGGUCCACCCAAACCGGAACCAAAGGUGAAGAAGGCAGCAAAGAAAGAAAAGGCUGUGAACGACAAGAAAGAGGACAAGAAGACCAAGAAGGCGAAGGAGAACGCAGAGGCUGAGGCCAACGAGGAGAACCACUCUGAGAAUGGAGAGGCCAAGUCCAACGAGGUGGAGGCUGCCCCCGAGGAGGCCAAGGAGGAGGCCAAGUCCGAGUAGCACCACUGCCCAAGCUCCCUCCUCUACGACCUCCCCUCUCCGUCUCCGUCUCCCACCUUAAACCUACACUCAGCCAGCCAGCCGCCCUCCCCCCUUUCUCCCCUCUCCCUCCCCCAAGUCUCUCACACGGUUUCCCUUCAAGGCGUAUUGUUAACAGAGGAAUAUUUUUAUCAAUGAUUUUAUAAGUAUCCGUACAGAUUUUUAGCACAAAAAAGCAAAGCUGAAUAUGGAGCGCCUUGCAGUGGUCAUAUCAAGUGUCUGCAAGCAGAGUGAACACACUAAAAUCUUUUUUAAAUGGCAUUUCAUGGUCGUGAAAGGCUCGUCCGGUGUAGAAAGCGUGUCCCUGCUGCAUUUGAAUUUGUUGUGAUUUGUUGUGUAUUCCUGUGUUUUUUCGCCGUGCCCCUGCUCUCCCCGCCGCUCCCCCGUCUCCUCCCCCUCCUCCUCCUCCUCCGCAGGUUAGACCUCCCUCCCCGUCGUACGGUUCAGCCUCUAUCCAUGUUUUAUUAACGAUUUAGCCAUGUUAUUGUGGGUUGAUUCUUUUAGACCUGUAAAUGUGCAGUGAGUUCCCUUUGCUUCUGUCUCAUGGUCCUGUUUUUGUUUUUUUUUUGGUUUUUGUUUUUUUUCAUUGAAACUGUGCUUUAAAAAGUGUGUUGAAGAGUGUUGUCCAUAAGAAAGAGGAAGAUGAACAUGUAAAACAUUCCGGGAACAGUGAUUGCCUGUCUUCUGACGACCCUGCGUGUAAAACAGCCGCGGCUCCAUCCUCGCUGUCAUGUCAGCUUUUCUAAACACUCUGUUUUUUUUAAAAUGACUGAAUUUGGAAACUCUUCUCUGACUAAUGCAGGUGUCUGGUCCCUCUCUUAUGUUCUGAAAUUCUCUUAAUAAAAACAAGUCCUGGGAAUUUUCCUCGAA